UCGAUCGCAAAGCUCGGCGCAGGUUGGAGCUGUCACAGCAGGCCCAUGAAGGAGCACGGGACGGUUAUGUAACGGCACGAAACCCUUUGGAUGCCUGUAGACGAGGUUACGCGCGCUCAUGUGCGGGCUCAGCUUUAGAACAAGGAAUAGCCCAUCUCAAAAGACCUCCCUCCGAUGGGGCGAUAGCUGCCCCCGCGUCUAACCGCACAGAGGCCGCGAGUGACAUAAUAGUGUAAAUUAGAUUUAAAAAUGUACCGUUAACUUGAAUGUUAUACGUAAAAGACGUUUGCAGUGAGUGAGGGAGGCGCUUUUGCUGGCUUUUUGUAUAUAAAUAAGGCGGGGCAAAUAAUCCAAGAUGAUAAACAUAGCUGGUGUGAUCUCGAUCAUCAUAUUCUACGUGCUGAUUCUGGCCGUGGGGAUAUGGGCGGGCCGCAAGAAGCCGCCCGGGGACCAGUCGGAGGAGGAGGUGAUGCUGGCGGGCCGGUCCAUCGGCCUUUUCGUGGGAAUCUUUACUAUGACAGCCACGUGGGUGGGCGGCGGUUACAUCAACGGUACGGCUGAGGCGAUAUACACCUCGGGCCUGGUGUGGUGUCAGGCACCGUUUGGAUAUUCUCUAUCACUGGUGUUCGGUGGUAUAUUCUUCGCGAACCCGAUGCGCAAGCAGGGCUACGUGACGAUGCUGGACCCCCUCCAGGACUCGUUCGGGAGCCGCAUGGGGGGGCUGCUGUUCCUGCCGGCUCUCUGUGGUGAAGUGUUCUGGGCGGCGGGGAUAUUGGCUGCUCUUGGUGCAACCUUGGUCGUCAUCAUCGACAUGGACCACAGGACAUCAGUCAUCUUCAGUGCAUGUGUAGCCGUGUUCUACACUCUCUUUGGAGGGCUGUACUCCGUGGCUUACACUGACGUUAUCCAGCUGUUUUGCAUCUUUAUUGGGCUGUGGAUGUGUAUACCCUUCGCGUGGGCAAACCCACACGUGAAGCCUCUAAGUUCCAUGGAGGUGGACUGGAUUGGCAGGAUCGAUCCGGAUUAUUACUGGUUCUACGUGGAUUACGGCUUGCUGUUGAUCUUUGGAGGCAUUCCUUGGCAGGUGUACUUCCAACGCGUGCUGAGCAGCAAGACGGCGGGGCGCGCCCAGGUGCUCUCGUACGUGGCGGCCAUCGGCUGCAUCAUCAUGGCCAUCCCGCCUGUGCUCAUUGGAGCUAUUGCUAAGGGAACUGCAUGGAAUGAGACGGAUUUCCAAGGUGACCUGACGCCAGAGGGCGAUCUCACCUCGGAUCAAACAUCUAUGAUCUUACCAUUGGUGCUGCAGCACUUGACCCCGAGUUUCGUGUCCUUUUUCGGGCUGGGCGCAAUUUCAGCAGCUGUGAUGUCGUCAGCCGAUUCUAGCGUACUCAGUGCUUCGUCUAUGUUUGCCAGGAACGUAUAUAAGUUGAUCUUCAGGCAGAACGCCUCAGAGAUGGAAAUCAUUUGGGUGAUGCGUGUCUCCAUCCUGGUGGUGGGCGUGCUGUCCACCAUCAUGGCGCUCACCAUACCUUCCAUCUACGGGCUAUGGUCAAUGUGUUCAGACCUAGUGUACGUGAUCCUGUUCCCCCAACUGCUCAUGGUGGUGCACUUCAAGAAAUACUGCAACACGUACGGCUCGCUCGCCGCCUACAUCGUGGCGCUGUUCGUGCGCCUGUCCGGGGGGGAGAAGCUGUUAGGCCUCCCCCCUCUGAUCCACUACCCAGGGUGGGACGCUGAAAACGAAGUGCAGCUGUUCCCCUUCAGGACGCUGGCGAUGACGCUGUCGCUUUUCACCCUGGCGUUCAUAUCUUGGCUGUCCGUGUUUCUCUUCAACUCUGGCUACUUGAGCCCCGAGUCGGACUACUUCAACUGCGUAGUAAACAUCCCUGAAGACAUCCGUCGAGUGGACGAGCCCUCCGAGGCUGGCGAGCAAAUGUCUGUACUGGGAGGGGUACCGGGUAGGCUGUACGGCGCCGCGUCCACCCUCGUGGGCCCCGACGAGAAGUCCGGACGCAUCAACCCCGCGCUGGAGACUGACGACGACGACCUGGACGACCCCAACGACGGCCCCACCCCCCUCUUCGGCAACAGCAGCGCCCCCCCGCCCGUGCAGCCGCUCGGCAAACAGACCGCCUUCUGAGACAACUGAAUAUACUAUGUGAGUGUUUUUGAUGGUUUUACGUAGUGACUGCACAUGAAUUAGAAAUGAUUUUCUAUAAGCUGUUUUUGAUAAAGAUCUAGAGACUUUGUACACGAGUCGUGUCGUAUGCGUGACAUAGUACAUAGCGUAGAUCCAACCUUUGUAGGUUUUAGAGCAUCCGGAGAAUUCGUAUCGGCAAGCUGCUAAUUUUAACGGCCAAAUUCCUAAUAAAUAUGGGGAGCUGACAUACGACGCGACGCGUGUGUGAAUGGCCUAAGUAUGCUCAAUGACGGACAUCUUCCGAAGCACACUUGAAUGCCAAUAUAUUUUUAUCCAAACCGACAGAGCUGUCUUAGCCCAGCAAUACUCGUAGCGUAAAUUAUUCUGAAUUUAAGAGAAUUUAUUUUGUAGUCGGACUAAAUGUUAAAUGGAGUGAUAAAGUAACGCAUACAUAUCAUGUUGUGAAUCGAUGUUAGAUUUAUAUAAUUUGUAUAUUAUAUUGAACCUUAUUUACGUCAAUUAUAAUAAGUGCAAGCACACAGACGUGCAUAAACGUGUUAUAUUAACGAAUUUGAAAUAAUCCGCUGCAUACAUAUCGCUUAUAAAAUAUAUCUGCUAAUGUUGUAUUUAGUUGAUAGAUUAGAGUUUCAUAUUUUUACGAUACAUUUAAACGAGAUUAUAUUUCAUAAGUAAAUCGCAAAAUGCAUAUCAUGAAAGUACUUUAUUCUGUAAGCUGAAGUGUUUAGAGUUUUAGUAUUUUUACACAGAUUAAUUAUUAUAUGUCAUAUAUAUUGUGAUCGACCGCCUCAGUAGCUAAAGCGUGAGCGUAGAACCGAGGGGUCUUGGGUUCGAUUCCCGGUGGGGACCCCUAGAAAAAUAUCUCGGUCUGGCAGGACACAGAAGGCUGAUCACCUACUUAUCUAUAAAGAAAAUCGUGAUGAAAAGAUCAGUGAAACAGAUGUAUAUAUCAUCUGUCCCAUACCCCACCAGGGGACACGGUACUUCACUCUAUAUAUUGUGAUGCUAUACGAAUUAUCGCACAGCUGUUUAACGAAACAAGUAUUAUAGAUAGUUAAUCGAUCUUCAUAUUUCUAGAAGAAUACAUUUUUAUUGGUGUUAAUGAAGAAGUAAAAACAAUCUAUUUAAAAUGUGUGUCUAAACUCUAAAAAUGGUAUGUCAUAUUCAUUAUAUUAUUUUGUGCCAUUAAGUUACAACUAAUAAGGAAUCUACGAGGUUUAAAGACUUCUGUCUUUUGUAAGAAUUCUGUAAGGAUCGAUGACUAUCUAUAAAAUUAAUGAUAAUAUUGAAGCAGUUAGCUUGAAAGUACAAAUUAAACAUUAAUUUAUUAAUUUAGUUACGAAAGAUUGUGUAAUUUAUCAUGCCAUAAAUUUUUUUGCAAACGAAAUUUAAGAUUAAAGAAUAGAAACGAUAUUUAAAUUUAUCAUAACAAUAUCUUCCAAUAAACGUAAUAUUUGACCUAUUUGUCUUCGUGGAUCAAUAACUUCAUAGGCUAGAAGGAUUUCAGUAUUAGAGUAAAAACUACGAAGAAAUCUUUGUGUCACGAAUGGACAAGCGUAGUUGUAAUUUAUAUCGGUGUUCGGUGUCCCUUCCCUCCUUGUAAUAAACAUCAAUGUUAACUAUGAAGCUUUUAAUAUAUUAUAUGUAUUCCAAAAAUUGUAAAAUCCUAUUUAUAUCGAUAUUCAAUGGUUUUAUUGGCUUUUCUAA